GCUCCGCUCGUACGUUCGUGUUUUCGCCGAAGAAGAGCGUCUGUCUUUCCUUCACUCUUGUUUUUGUAUGUGAGCUGUAGAAAAAUAACAGUCGUGUCAGCCUCUGGAUGUGUCAUUUUUUUACCCACACAUCAGACCCUACUGUUGCUUAUUAUCCGGAUACAUUGAACAUUGAACCAGAUCGUCACCAUCGGAGCUGGACCCGUACACGGGGACUCAGUCAAGCCCGGUUCAGCUCGGUUCGGUGGACGGGACACAGUGGCGAUUUGAACGACAGGGUGCGAUUAGAGAUGGAGAGACGCAGACUGAUUUGAACAUAGCCAGCGAUAUGGAGAUACAUCCACUAUGCACUAAGCUUUGCCAUCAUAAAGCUGUGGAGCUGAAGGAUGAUGUGUGUGAGAAACAGAGUGCUGUCACUAUCAAUCCACGUCACAUGAGAAAAGCCUUCAGGAUCAUGAACGAGCUCCGCAGUCAAAGUGUGUUGUGUGAUGUCACCAUCAUUGCGGAGGAUGUGGAGAUAGCUGCUCAUCGAGUCGUCUUAGCUGCUGGGAGUCCUUACUUCCAUGCCAUGUUUACAGGAGAGAUGACAGAGAGCCGUCAGAAAAAGGUUAGAAUCAAAGAGAUUGACGGCUGGACCCUGGGAAUGCUGAUCGAUUAUGUUUACACUGCUGAAAUUCAAGUCACGGAGGAGAAUGUGCAGGUUCUCCUUCCCGCCGCUGGUCUGCUCCAGCUGCAGGAGGUAAAAAAGGCCUGCUGUGAGUUUCUCGUUACUCAGCUUCACCCGACCAACUGCCUCGGUAUCCGCGCUUUCGCCGACCUGCACGCCUGCACGGAGCUUCUCAAUCUCGCCAACACGUAUGCAGAGCAACACUUUUCUGAGGUCGUGCAGAGCGAGGAGUUUCUCAAUCUGGGCAUGGACCAAGUGUGCAGCCUCAUAGCAAGUGACAAACUCACCAUUCCAUCAGAGGAAAAGGUGUUUGAAGCAGUCAUCGCAUGGGUUACACAUGAUAAAGAUGUGCGUCAGGAACAUAUGGCUCAUCUGAUGGAACAUGUCCGCUUACCCCUACUUUCCAGAGAGUACUUAGUGCAGAGAGUGGAGGAGGAAACUCUGGUGAAGAACAGCAGCACCUGUAAAGACUACCUGAUUGAAGCCAUGAAGUACCACCUUUUGCCUGCUGAGCAGCGCUCUAUGAUGAAGACCAUCCGCACCAGAGUGAGAACACCCAUCAGCUACCCAAAGGUGAUGGUUGUGGUGGGGGGGCAAGCACCCAAAGCCAUUCGCAGUGUGGAGUGCUUUGAUUUUGAAGAAGAGAGAUGGUUUCAAGUGGCAGAACUGCCCUCCAGACGAUGUCGAGCAGGUGUGGUGUACAUGGGCGGUAUCGUGUACGCUGUUGGCGGGUUUAACGGGUCAUUACGUGUGAGGACGGUGGAUGCCUAUGACCCGGUGAAAGAUGAGUGGUGCUGUGUUAGCAGCAUGCAGGACCGGAGGUCAACACUAGGGGCCGCUGUGCUCAACGGACUGCUGUACGCUGUAGGGGGCUUCGAUGGCAGCACGGGUUUAGCUACUGUAGAGGCUUAUAAUGCCAAAGCCAACGAGUGGUUCCACGUAGGUCCCAUGAGCACACGCCGCAGCAGCGUGGGAGUCGGAGUCGUUGGAGGUUUGCUGUAUGCAGUUGGAGGAUAUGAUGGGGCGACGCGUCAGUGUUUAAGUACAGUUGAGGCCUACAACCCCAACACAAAUGAAUGGACUUACACUUCAGAGAUGGGAACUCGACGUAGUGGUGCCGGUGUAGGUGUAUUGAAAGGUCUGCUGUAUGCUGUGGGUGGGCACGAUGGCCCUUUGGUUAGAAAAAGCUGUGAGGUUUAUGACCCAGCCACCAACACUUGGAAACAAGUGGCUGAUAUGAACAUGUGCCGCAGGAAUGCUGGUGUGUGUGCUGUGGGUAACCUGCUGUAUGUGAUUGGUGGGGAUGACGGCUCCUGCAACCUGGCUUCAGUGGAGUUCUACAAUCCAAAUAGUGAUAAAUGGACUUUACUGUCCACCUGUAUGAGCACAGGACGCAGCUAUGCAGGUGUGACCGUCAUUGAUAAACCUCUCUGAGCAGCUGAGGCUUUGUUGAAAACUUGACCUGAAGCUGACGUACAGCAAAGGAUUUGCUAACACUGAAGCUCUUGCAGCGGCUGAGACUUCAUCCUGGAACUGCUUCACCAUGGACAUGGCCUGAAGAAUACUGCUCUCUCUCUCUCUUUCUCUCUCUCUUUCUCUCUCUCUUUCUCUUGCACACAGACACUCACACAUACAUUUAGAUACAUAAAUACACAUUUAAACACUUUACUGUACCUCCCGUUAUGUCUCUAGCAUACAGUAUACACUACACACACACACACACACACACACACACACACACACACUAUCUCUAUUCUUUCUGUUUCUCUUGUUUGAGAGUAGUCAAAGAUGAAGAUUAAUGCACUUUGAGAAGGAGCACUAAUGAAGAAGGAUCAAAACAUAACAGUGUUGUUCAACUCAAUAUGUUGGCCAGCGCAUAUGGAAUGAAUUUCUGAGUCGAGCUAAAGCGAUGGCCGGUGAUUUUGCUGCUUGAUCAUUUGAGCUGAAUUUCAUGAUGAUCUUUGCUCAUUCAAAUAAAGUUUGAGUAAAAUUGCGUCUAGUUUAGGACCAGCACUUUGUUGCCUCUUGGAAGCUUGUUAUGAGGUCACUGGACUUCAAAGCAUCUUCAUUAUGAAGGUCGGAUGUGAAUUUAGUUUCACGUUUGGAGCUGAAACUUUGCUUGCCCGCCUAUAUGGGAGAACGGUCUCCUUUGAAUUCAAGCAAACUUUUAUGAUUGUUUGCCAAAUUACAUUUGAAGUCUUAAAGUUUGAACCGUCUGUUGGUGUUUUUUAUUUUAAUAUCCUCUGGAUUUUUUCUUGUGGUCCAGUUGUACGAGAAUUGCAAUCUUUGAAUGCCUGUUAACUUGAACGCUUUGACAUGCACGACACUGUGUGGACUAAUGCUGGUUGCUUGGGUAUUAAACCGCUUUGCAUGGUUCUCAAUACUGAUACUUGUGUGCCAUUCUUAAACUACUACUGUAUUCAGUAACCAACGUGACAUGCUUUGUGUGCUGGCGGUAUUGAACACUGAAGAAGUAUAAAGGUUCUUUCUAUAUUAAAAACGUUAUUUUCCCUCUGUUUUUGUUCCUUUUUCUUACCCUUCGUAGUUUCUUUGUUUUCUGUAUCUUUUAUCUAUUCUUCUCUCAUUGUUUAGUAUUUAACUCUCUUUAACUGCUGUCACCAAGCCUGUUAAUAAAUGUGUGUAUGUAAAUAAUAAGUGUAUUAUUAAAUGUCAGUCAAGAGAAUGUUGUGUUCUUGAAUUGUUUCAUAACUUGUUUUGUAAUAUUAAUAAUAAACAUGCUUGUAAAUACAAA